UUCAACUAAACCUUGAUGACAUGGCACGAAAUGAUAACACAUAAAAGUAAGGAGAUAUGAUAUCUCCCGCAGAAGAUAUCCGCCUGAUAGACGCCACUAAGGAUAAGCAUAUCCAUAGCUCUGCUAGGAGAGAAGAAAAGCACAUGAAAGCAAGCAAUGGAUACCAGUAUUCUCCAGUCCUUCGCUUCAAAGUCGCCCCCAUCAACCAACCCUGUUCUUCCAAAAGCUUCAUCUUCUGCAAGAACAUAUACCCAGGUCUGUACACGUCGCUAUCGACGUUUUGUUAAAGUUUGUUGCACGAACAGCAGCGCUGACAAUAACGGUAGCAGUAGCACAAGUGGCAGCGAUGCACCACCACCAAUAAGGCCACCGGAAACCGUUGGAAUACGGUUUAAGAGAGGGUCAAGGAGGCGUAGAAAGCUGCAGGAAGAUGGUUUUGAGGGAGGGCAACGUAUGGCGGCAAAGGCUGCAGUUGAUCCAACUCCAAAGAAAUGGGAAGAAAUGAGCAUCACAGAGAAGGCUAUAGAGUUGUAUGUGGGAGAGAAGGGUUUGCUCUUCUGGCUCAACAAGUUUGCCUAUGCUUCCAUUUUCAUUGUAAUUGGGGCUUGGAUACUUUUCCGGUUUGUUGGACCUGCACUCAAUCUUUACCAACUCGAUUCUCCUCCUUUGUCUCCUACCUCCAUGUUCAAGGGCUCUUGAUAGAUACCACCAUGCAAUGUAUUAAUAUGUCUUUUUUACAGUCUGCAAGAUUUUGUAGCAUCUAGUCUAGAUGAGUAAAUUUACUCAUUUUCACUAUAGCAUCUCUAAGAUUUGAUUCUUAAUUAUUUCGUUAUUGAUUAAUCCCUUAACCUCAUCUCACAUCCUUCGCAAUGCCCUCUUUCUUCUAAUAAAUCAUCUCUCCGAAGCUGAGAGAAGAGGUUGUAAAUACUAAAAU